GAGGAGCCAGCGGAGGCUUCCCGAGUCUGAACAGGCUCCUUUGCGGCCAUGGCUGAAGGUGGAGAAGGAGAGGAUGAAAUCCAGUUCCUCCGAACUGAUGAUGAAGUGGUGCUCCAGUGCGUGGCCUGCAUUCAGAAGGAGAAUCGCAAGUUCUGCCUGGCUGCUGAGGGGCUGGGCAACCGGCUGUGUUACCUGGAGCCCACAUCUGAGGCGAAGUAUGUUCCUCCAGACCUGUGCAUCUGUACCUUUGUGCUGGAGCAGUCCCUGUCAGUACGGGCCCUCCAGGAGAUGCUGGCUAAGAGCGGACAGAACACUGAAGGGGUGACGCAGAGUGGCGGACACAAGACUCUCCUGUAUGGACACGCCAUCCUACUUCGACAUUCCUUCAGCUCCAUGUACCUGGCCUGUUUGAAGACAUCAAGGUCACAGACAGAUAAGCUGUCCUUUGAUGUCGGACUGCAGGAGGAUUCAACAGGUGAGGCUUGUUGGUGGACAAUCCACCCUGCCUCCAAACAGCGAUCUGAAGGAGAGAAAGUGCGGAUUGGUGAUGACCUCAUCCUCGUCAGCGUGUCCUCAGAGCGAUACCUUCACUUAUCCAUCUCCAGUGGCAAUAUCCAGGUGGAUGCUUCCUUCAUGCAAACCCUGUGGAACGUCCAUCCCAUCUGCUCCGGUAGCAACAUAGAAGAAGGCUACCUGUUGGGUGGUCAUGUGAUGCGGCUGUUCCAUGGACAUGACGAGGUCGUGGCCAUCCCAGGAUCAGACCAGACUGAAGAGCAGCAGAGGAUAGUCAACUAUGAGACGGGUAAAGCCGGCGCCAAGGCCAGGUCCUUGUGGAGACUGGAGCCGCUCCGAAUCAGCUGGAGUGGGAGCCACAUCCGCUGGGGCCAGCCCUUCAGACUGCGGCACCUGACCACCGGCCACUACUUGGCCCUGACUGAUGAUAGGGGGUUGGUGCUGCAGGAUCGGGAGAGGUCCGACACAAUCGCCACCGCCUACUGCUUCAGAGCCUCUAAGGAGAAGCUGGAGCAGAGCCCCAAGCGGGACAUCGAGGGCAUGGGGGUGGCAGAGAUUAAAUACGGGGACUCGCUCUGCUUCAUCAUGCACGUGGCCACGGGACUCUGGCUCUCCUACCAGGCACCUGAUGUCAAAUCUGCCCGUCUAGGUCCCCUCAAGAGACGAGCGUGCCUACAUUCUGAAGGUCACAUGGAUGACGGGUUGACCCUGCAGCGCUGUCAACACGAGGAGUCCCGCGCCGCACGAAUCAUCCGCAACACCACAUUACUCUUUAACCGAUUCAUCAGAGACCUGGAUUGUCUGGGUGUUAAGAAUUGGGCACUGGUUGCGCUGCCUGUUGAGGAGGUGCUCCAAACCCUCAAUGACCUCAUCACCUAUUUCCAGCUCCCUGACGCUGAGCUGGAGCAUGAAGAGAGGCAGAUCAAGCUGCGCUCGCUCAAGAACCGGCAGAACCUAUUCAAACAGGAAGGCAUGCUGACUCUGGUGUCCAACUGUAUCGAUCGCCUCAACCUCUACAAUAGUGCCGCCCACUUCGGGGAGUGUGCGGGGUCAGAGGCCGGAGCAGCUUGGAAAGACAUUCUCAACCUGCUGUAUGAGCUGCUGGCUGCGUUAAUUAGAGGGAACAGAAACAACUGCACCCAGUUCUCCAACAACUUGGACUGGCUGGUGAGCAAACUGGAGAGACUGGAGUCUUCUUCAGGAAUUCUGGAGGUUCUGCACUGCAUUCUAAUUGAGAGCCCCGAGGCCCUCAACAUCAUCCAGCGAGGACACAUCAAGUCCAUCAUAUCAUUACUUUACAAGCACGGACGCAACCACAAGAUUCUGGAUGUGCUCUGCUCGCUGUGUGUGUGUAAUGGUGUAGCUGUGCGGACCAAUCAGAACCUAAUAUGUGAUCACUUGCUGCCCAAGAGAGAUCUGCUGCUGCAAACCCAGCUGGUCAAUGAUGUCCAGAGCAUGAGACCGAACAUCUUCCUGGGGGUGAGCGAUGGCUCGGCUCAGUAUAAGAAGUGGUAUUACGAGCUGAUGAUUGACCAAGUGGACCAUUUUGUGACCAGCGAGCCCUCCCACCUGAGGGUGGGCUGGGCCAACGCUAAAGGCUACGCUCCCUACCCUGGAGGAGGAGAGGGAUGGGGAGGCAAUGGGGUGGGAGACGACCUCUACUCGUAUGGUUUUGAUGGACUCCACCUCUGGUCAGGUCGUAUCCCGCGGGCUGUCGCGUCCAUAAACCAGCACAUAUUGACCUCUGAGGAUGUAGUGAGCUGUUGUCUGGACCUGGGAGCUCCUAGCAUCUCUUUUAGGAUCAACGGACAGCCCGUUCAGGGCAUGUUUGAAAAUUUCAACACAGACGGGCUCUUCUUCCCUGUCGUCAGCUUCUCUGCUGGAGUCAAGGUGCGUUUCCUGUUGGGUGGCCGACAUGGCGACUUUAAGUUCCUGCCUCCGUCAAGUUAUGCUCCGUGUUAUGAAGCUCUGCUACCAAAAGAGAAGAUGAAGGUGGAGCCGGUGAAAGAGUACAAGAGGGAUGUGAAUGCAGUCCGAGAUCUGCUGGGCACCACACAGUUCAUGUCGCAGGCCUCCUUCAUCCCCACACCUGUUGAAACGAGCCAGAUCGUGAUGCUGCCUCAUUUAGAGAAGGUUCGAGACAAGCUAGCAGAGAACAUCCAUGAACUGUGGGGGAUGAAUAAAAUCGAGCUGGGCUGGAUGUAUGGCAAGAUAAGGGAUGAUAAUAAGCGGCAGCAUCCGUGCCUGGUGGAUUUCUCCAAGCUGCCAGAAACUGAAAAGAACUACAAUCUGCAGAUGUCAACAGAAACACUGAAGACCCUGCUGUCAUUGGGCUGUCGGGUAGUUCAGGUCAAUCCAAAUGCUGAGAGCUCCCUCAAAAAGAUAAAACUCCCUAAGAACUACAUGAUGUCCAAUGGUUACAAGCCGUCUCCUCUGGACCUGUCUGAUAUAAAACUGACUCCAGGUCAGGAGCUGCUAGUGGACAAACUGGCAGAGAAUGCACAUAAUGUGUGGGCCAAGGACCGCAUCAAACAGGGAUGGACUUACGGCAUUCAGCAGGAUCUGAAGAGUAAGCGUAACCCUCGCCUAGUUCCCUACGUUCUGCUGGAUGAGCGCACCAAGAAGUCGAACAGGGACAGCCUGCGGGAGGCCAUCCGCACUCUGAUUGGCUAUGGAUACAACAUCGAGCCCUCGGACCAGGAAGGCGGUGAUUCCAUUUUUUCCUCCCCUGUAGGACAAGUAGUCGAGCGGCUCAGCAUCGACAAGAUCCGCUUCUUCAGAGUGGAGAGGACGUACGCAGUGAAGAGCGGGAAGUGGUACUUUGAAUUUGAGGCUGUGACUGGAGGAGACAUGAGAGUGGGCUGGGCGAGACCAGGGUGUAAGCCAGAUGUGGAGCUUGGCACGGAUGAGCUUGCCUUCGUCUUUGAUGGAUACAGGGGUCACUGUCUGAACAUGGGCAGCCGUUUGUUCGGCCGGUGCUGGCAUGCUGGGGACGUGGUGGGCUGUAUGAUCAACAUGGAGGACAAGUCCAUGAUCUUCACCCUUAACGGAGAGAUCCUUAUCACCACCAAAGGCUCUGAGCUCUGCUUCACAGACUUUGAAACUGAGGACGGGUUUAUUCCAGUGUGUAGCCUCGGUCUGGCUCAGGUGGGCCGCAUGAAUCUGGGGAAAGAUGCCAGCACCUUCAAAUACUACACCAUGUGUGGCCUUCAGGAGGGAUUCGAACCUUUUGCUGUCAACAUGAACCGAGAGGUCACCAUGUGGUUCAGCAAGCGUCUGCCUACUUUUGUCAAUGUGCCAAAGGACCAUAACCACAUCACGGUGACCAGGAUCGACGGCACCGUUGACAGCCCCCCGUGUCUUAAAGUCACCCACAAGACAUUUGGAUCCCAGAACAGCAACGCUGAUAUGGUGUUUUGUCGUCUCAGCAUGCCGGUAGAGUUCCAUUCCAUCUUCAAAUCCAGUCCUGUUGUAGACAUGAACGGAGUCCACGAGGAUGACACCCUGAAAGUCAAACACAGCUACAACAUUGUCUAACUCUUGCAUGUGUCAUUACAGUACUACCACUCUGUAAGGGUCUUCGCUGGUCAGGACCCUGCCGGUGUGUGGGUUGGAUGGGUUACCCCCGACUACCAUUACUUUAGCAACAAUUUCAACCUCAGCAAAAACCGAUCGGUCACUGUAACCCUGGGUGACGAGCGAGGACGAGUCCAUGAGAGUGUUCGGAGGAGUAACUGCUACAUCGUGUGGGGGGGUGAUGUCACCAACGCGGCUCACGCAUCCAGUCGCAGCAACGUGGACCUUGAGAUUGGCUGUUUCAUAGACCUAGCCACCGGCCUGGUGACCUUCACUGUCAAUGGCAAGGAGAUAGCCACAUCCUACCAGGUGGAACCCAACACCAAGCUUUUUCCUGCAGUGUUUGUGCAACCCACAAGCCCCAACCUCUUCCAGUUUGAGCUGGCUAAAAUAAAGAAUGCCAUGCCUCUGUCAUCCGCCAUCUUUAAGAGUGAACACAAGAACCCAGUGCCUCAGUGCCCACCCCGUCUAGAUGUCCAGACCAUCAGCGCCGUGCUGUGGAGCCGCAUGCCCAACACCUUCCUCAAGGUGGAAACAGCCAGGGUCAAUGAGAGACACGGCUGGGUGGUCCAGUGUGUGGAGCCCCUGCAGAUGUUGGCCGUUCAUAUACCUGAGGAGAACAGGUGUGUGGACAUCAUGGAGCUGUCUGAGCAGGAGGACAUGAGGAGGUUCCACUACCACACCCUGAAGCUCUACUGUGCCCUCUGCGCUCUGGGAAACACUCGUGUGGCCCACGCCCUCUGCAGCCACCUGGACCAAUCACAGCUCUUAUACACCAUCGACAAUCAGUACCUGUCAGGCAUGUUACGUGAGGGCUUCUACAAUGUCUUGAUCAGCACCCACCUGGAGACAGCGAAAGAGGCUCGACUCACGAUGAAAGACGAGUUCAUCAUCCCCGUCACGGCCGAGACUCGCUCCAUUCGCCUCUUCUCCGAUGCCUCCAAAAAGCACCUCCCGCCAGGGGUGGGGCUUAGUACCUCGCUCAAACCCCGCCUCAAUUUUGCCCCGCCCUGUUUCAUCAGCACCAAACGGGACCAACAUCUCUAUAGUCCCCAAAUCCCACUGGAUGCAUUGAAGGAGAAAUCCAUUUUAAUGUUGACAGAGGCCGUUCAGGGUGGCGGCCACCACAUCAGAGAUCCCGUCGGAGGAGGAGUGGAGUACCAGUUUGUUCCAAUCUUGAAACUCAUCAGCACCUUGUUGACUAUGGGUGUACUCGGUAGCGAGGACGUUCAUAAGAUCUUACUGCUCAUUGACCCAAAUGUUUUCAGAGAGACACGUGAAGAGGGGGCCAUGGGGGCCACAGGGGCCACAGACAAAGAAGGACUUACAGGGACGGAGGAGAAGGCAGUGGAAGCUGGAGAAGAGGAGGCUGCCAAAGAGGCUAAACAGCCAAUGAAAGGAUUGCUGGAGAAGAGGCUGCCUGAGCCUGUCAAACGUCAGAUGUGUGAGCUGCUUCACUAUUUUUGCGACUGCGAGCUGAAGCACCGCAUCGAGGCAAUCGUGUCAUUCUCUGACAGCUUUGUCUCCAAGCUGCAGUACAACCAGAAGUUCCGCUACAACGAGCUGAUGCUGGCCCUCAAUAUGUCAGCUGCUGUUACCGCAAAGAAGACCAAAGAGUUUAGAUCGCCCCCUCAAGAACAGAUCAACAUGCUGCUGACUUUCAAUGUGGGCGAGGACUGUCCGUGCCCAACAGACAUCCAGGAGGAACUGUAUGAUUUUCACAACCAGCUGCAGCUCCACUGUGGAAUCCCUAUGGAGGAAGACGAAUACGAGCAAGAUACGUCUAUCAAAGGUCGCCUGCUGAUGCUGGUCAACAAGAUCAAAGGCCAGUCUCACAAAGCGGAGGAGCCCACAGAGAAGGAGCAAGCCGCACCAUCUAAUCUGAAGGAGCUGAUUUCUCAGACAAUGGUCAGCUGGGCCCAGGAGUGUCACAUCCUGGACUCAGAGCUUGUUCGCAAGAUGUUCAGCCUCCUGAGGAGGCAGUACGACAGCAUUGGGGAGCUUCUCCGGGCCAUGAGGAAGACUUACACCAUCAGUGCUGCCUCAGUCCAGGACACCAUCAACCUCCUGGCUGCCCUCGGUCAGAUCAGAUCUUUGCUGUCGGUUCGUAUGGGGAAGGAGGAGGAGAAGCUCAUGAUUGAUGGACUUGGUGACAUCAUGAACAACAAAGUAUUCUACCAGCACCCCAACCUAAUGAGAAUACUGGGCAUGCAUGAGACUGUUAUGGAGGUCAUGGUCAAUGUGCUCGGAGGACACAAGUCCCAGGAAAUUGCCUUCCCCAAGAUGGUGGCCAGCUGCUGUCGCUUCCUGUGCUACUUCUGCCGUAUCAGCCGUCAAAACCAGAAAGCCAUGUUCGACCACCUCAGCUACCUGCUGGAGAACAGCAGCGUCGGCCUAGCUUCCCCAGCAAUGAGGGGCUCCACUCCUCUAGACGUGGCUGCUUCCUCUGUGAUGGACAACAACGGCCUGGCCCUGGCACUGGAGGAGCCCGAUCUGGACAAGGUGGUCACCUACUUAGCAGGCUGUGGUCUCCAGAGUUGUCCAAUUCUCCUGGCUAAAGGUUACCCAGACAUCGGCUGGAACCCCAUUGAGGGGGAGCGUUACCUUUCCUUCCUACGGUUUGCUGUCUUUGUCAACGGCGAGAGCGUAGAGGAGAACUCCAGUGUUGUGGUCAAGCUGCUCAUUCGUCGUCCAGAGUGUUUUGGACCUGCCCUGAGGGGGGAGGGAGGGAACGGCCUGCUGGCUGCCAUGAAGGAAGCCAUCAAGAUCUCUGAGACGCCGGCUCUGGACCUGCCGGGCUCUGUGCAUGGGAUCAGCUCUGACAUGUCUGCUGAUGGGGAUGAUGAGGAGGAGGUUGUACACAUGGGCAAUGCCAUAAUGUCCUUCUACUCUGCACUCAUUGACCUGUUGGGACGUUGCGCUCCAGAGAUGCAUCUCAUCAACAAGGGGAAAGGUGAAGCUCUGCGUAUCCGGGCCAUCUUGCGCUCUCUGGUGCCUACUGAAGACCUCGUGGGAAUUAUCAGCAUACCGCUCAAAAUGCCCAUCACCAACAAAGAUGGGUCGGUGACUGAGCCGGACAUGUCGGCCUGCUUCUGUCCAGAUCACAAGGCCCCCAUGGUGCUGUUUUUAGACAGGGUGUAUGGUAUCGAGGACCAGAGCUUUCUUCUUCACCUGCUCGAAGUGGGCUUCCUUCCGGACCUGAGGGCUGCUACCUCUCUGGAUACGGAGGGUCUAUGUACCACAGAGACGGCCCUGGCCAUGAACCGGUUCAUCGGCUCAGCCAUGCUCCCGCUCCUCACCCGCUGCGCUCCUCUCUUUGCCGGCACCGAGCACUACGCCACCCUCAUCGACUCCACUCUGCACACCAUCUACCGCCUUUCUAAAGGCCGUUCCCUCACCAAGGCCCAGAGAGACGCCAUAGAGGAGUGCCUGCUGGCUGUCUGCAAGCACCUUCGUCCCUCCAUGUUGCAGCAGCUCCUUCACCGCCUUGUCUUUGAUGUGCCCUUGCUGACCGAUUACUGCAAGAUGCCUCUCAGACUGCUAACCAACCACUAUGAGCAGAACUGGAAGUACUACUGCCUCCCAUCGGGUUGGGGCAGCUACGGCACAGCAUCCGAGGAUGAACUGCUGCUCACCAAGAAAAUCUUCUGGGGAGUAUUUGAUUCUCUGUCCCAGAGGAAAUAUGACGCAGAGCUUUUCAAGAUGGCCAUGCCUUGCCUCAGUGCCAUAGCUGGAGCUUUGCCACCGGACUACGUAGACGCCUCAAUUAGUACCACUGUGGAGAAACCCGUUUCUGUAGAUGCUCAGGGCAACUUUGACCCCAAACCCAUCAGUACUGCUAACAUUGCUCUUCCAGAGAAGCUCGAGCAAUUUGCCAACAAAUAUGCCGAACAUUCCCAUGAGAAAUGGUCUGCAGAGAAGGUGCUGUUGGGAUGGAAAUAUGGAGACUGUGUAGAUGAGAAGGCCAAGAUUCACCCUCAGCUCAGAAUCUACAAAGCCCUGACAGAGAAGGAGAAAGAUAUUUACAGAUGGCCAAUUAGAGAGUCCCUGAAGAAUUUGCUGGCAAUGAGCUGGAGCAUCGACAGGACCAAAGAUGGAGAAAGCAUGUCUCUACAGAGGGAGAAUGAGAAAAUGAGAAAGAUCUCUCAGGCUUCACAGGCAAAUGGCUUCAAUCCGAGCCCCAUAGACACAAGCAACGUGGUUUUAUCCAGAGAAUUGCAGGGGAUGGUGGAGGUGGUGGCUGAAAAUUAUCAUAACAUCUGGGCCAAGAAGAAAAAGAGUGACCUUGGAAGCAGAGGAGGGGGAACACACCCUCUGUUGGUGCCCUAUGACACGCUGACAGCCAAAGAGAAGGCCCGGGACCGCGAGAAAGCCCAGGACCUGUUCCGCUUCCUGCAGAUCAAUGGCUACAGCAUCACAAGAGGUUUGAAGGACUUGGAGCAGGAUUCCUCUUCCAUGGAGAAGAGGUUCGCUUACAAGUUCCUCAAGAAGCUGCUCAAGUACGUCGACUCGGCUCAGGAGUUCAUCGCUCACUUGGAGGCCAUGGCUGCCAGCGGCAAAACAGACAGGUCCCCUCAUGAACAAGAAAUCAAGUUUUUUGCCAAAGUUCUCCUUCCUCUCAUCGACCAGUACUUCAAGAACCACUCUCUCUACUUCCUCUCCUCCCCCAGUAAGAACCUGAGCAGCAGCGGUUACGCCUCCAACAAGGAGAAGGAGAUGGUCACCAGCCUGUUUUGUAAACUGGCAGCUCUUGUCAGACAUAGGAUUUCUCUCUUUGGGAGCGACUCCAUGACCAUCGUCAGCUGUCUGCAUAUCCUGGCACACACCCUGGACACCAGGACAGUGAUGAAGUCGGGCUCAGAGCUGGUGAGGGUGGGGCUGAGGACGUUCUUUGAGAAUGCUGCAGAAGACCUGGAGAAGACGUUUGAGAACCUGAAGCUGGGGAAGUUCACUCACUCCCGCUCCCAGAUGAAAGGGGUGUCGCAGAAUAUCAACUACACCACAGUAGCUCUGCUCCCCAUUUUAACCGCUUUGUUUGAACACAUCACUCAACACCACUUUGGAGUCGACCUGCUUUUGGAUGAUGUCCAAGUGUCUUGCUAUCGAAUCCUGACCAGUCUCUACGCACUGGGUACUGGGAAAAACAUCUAUGUAGAAAGACAGCUACCAGCUCUCGGUCAGUGUCUGGCCACCCUGGCUGGAGCCAUGCCUGUGGCCUUCCUGGAGCCGCUCCUUAACACGUACAACCCCUGCUCUGUCUUUAAUACCAAGAGUGCCAGAGAACGAGCCAACCUCGGCAUACCAGACUCGGUAGAGGAGAUGUGUCCUGGGAUGCCGCGGCUGGACGGACUGAUGAAGGACAUCAAUGACAUGGCCGAGUCGGGAGCUCGGUACACAGAGAUGCCUCACGUUAUCGAGGUGGUGCUGCCUAUGCUAUGUAACUAUCUGUCCUACUGGUGGGAGAGGGGGCCUGAGAACCAGCCAGCCAGCGGGGGCAGCAUCUGCUGCACCACCGUCACGUCAGAAAACCUCAGCCUAAUUCUUGGCAACAUCCUCAAGAUCCUCAACAACAACUUGGGCAUCGAUGAGGCCUCCUGGAUGAAGAGGAUUGCAGUUUAUGUGCAACCCAUCAUCAGCAAGGCCCGUGCAGACCUGCUGAAGAGCCACUUCCUUCCUACACUUGAGAAGCUAAAGAAGAAAACAGUGAAGGUGGUGUCUGAGGAAGAGCUGUUGAAGGCAGACAGUAAAGGAGACACCCAGGAAGCGGAGCUGCUCAUCCUGGACGAGUUUGCCGUACUCUGCAGGGACCUGUACGCCUUCUACCCCAUGCUUAUCCGCUAUGUGGACAACAACAGGUCAAGAUGGCUAAAAGAACCAGACGCUGACUCCAAUGAUCUCUUUAGAAUGGUCGCUGAGAUAUUUAUCCUCUGGUGCAAGUCACACAAUUUCAAAAGAGAAGAGCAGAACUUUGUGGUCCAGAAUGAAAUUAACAACCUUUCCUUCUUGACUGGAGACAAUAAAACCAAGAUGUCUAAGUCUGGAGGACAAGACCAGGAGAGGAAACACAAGAAAAGGCGUGGUGAGUUUUACUCUAUCCAGACAUCGCUCAUCGUUGCCGCUCUGAAGAAGAUGCUGCCGAUCGGCCUCAACAUGUGUACCCCAGGAGACCAGGAGCUCAUCUCUUUAGCCAAGACUCGCUACCUCCUGAGAGACACAGACGAAGAAGUCAAAGAUCAUAUUCGGCAGAAUCUGCACCUUCGAGAAAAGUCAGAGGACCCUGCAGUGAGGUGGCAGCUAAACCUGUACAAGGACAUAGCGAUGAUAAGUGAGGGGCCUCCAGACCCUGAGAGGGUGGUGGACCGUAUCCAAAGGAUCUCUGCUGCUGUCUUCAACCUGGAGCAGGUGGAGCAGCCAUUGAGAUCCAAGAAAUGUGUCUGGCAGAAGUUGCUGUCCAAGCAGAGGAAGCGAGCGGUGGUCGCCUGCUUCCGCAUGGCUCCACUUUAUAAUCUGCCACGGCAUCGCUCUAUUAACCUCUUCCUCCUGGCCUAUCAGAGAAUAUGGAUAGAAACAGAGGAGUACUCUUUUGAGGAGAAGCUAGUGCAGGAUCUUGCUAAAACGCAGCCCAAAGUGGAAGAAGAGGAAGAGGAGGAGGUCAGAAAGCAGCCAGACCCUCUUCACCAGCUCAUUCUGCAUUUCAGCCACAACGCUCUCACUGAGUGCAGUUCUUUGGAGGAGGAUCCCUUGUAUAUUGCAUAUGCAGAUAUGAUGGCAAAGAGUUGCGAUGAAGGUGAAGAAGAAGAAGAGGAAGAAAAAGAGAAAACAUUUGAGGAAAAGGAAAUGGAGAAGCAGAAGAUGCUGUACCAGCAAGCCAGACUACAUGAUCGAGGAGCUGCAGAGAUGGUGCUUCAGAUGAUCAGUGCCAGCAAAGGUCGACUUGGUGCUAUGGUGACUUUCACCCUCAAACUAGGUAUCUCCGUCCUCAACGGCGGAAACAUACUGGUGCAGCAGAAAAUGCUGGACUACCUGAAGGAAAAAAGAGACGUUGGCUUUUUCAAAAGUUUGUCUGGACUGAUGAUGUCUUGCAGUGUCCUGGACUUAAAUGCAUUUGAAAGGCAAAAUAAAGCUGAAGGUCUGGGGAUGGUUACUGAAGAAGGAUCAAUCAACGUGAGUGAGCGGGGUUCCAAGGUACUGCAGAAUGAUGAGUUCACAAAGGAUCUCUUUAGGUUUCUGCAACUUCUCUGUGAGGGCCACAACAAUGAUUUUCAGAACUUCCUGAGGACUCAGACAGGGAACACAACAACAGUUAAUAUCAUCAUCAGUACUGUAGACUACCUACUAAGACUUCAGGAAUCCAUUAGUGAUUUCUACUGGUACUACUCUGGUAAGGAUAUUAUAGAUGAGGCAGGUCAGAGGAAUUUCUCCAAAGCACUGGCAGUGGCCAAGCAAGUCUUCAACUCUUUAACGGAGUACAUACAGGGUCCAUGUAUUGGGAACCAGCAGAGUCUGGCUCACAGCAGGCUGUGGGAUGCAGUGGUGGGCUUCUUGCAUGUUUUUGCCAACAUGCAGAUGAAGUUAUCCCAGGACUCCAGCCAGAUUGAAUUAUUGAAGGAGCUGCUGGACCUGCAGAAGGACAUGAUCGUCAUGAUGCUCUCCCUUCUCGAAGGUAAUGUUGUCAAUGGUACCAUUGGCAAACAAAUGGUGGACACCUUGGUGGAAUCUUCCAGUAACGUGGAGAUGAUCCUUAAGUUUUUUGACAUGUUCCUCAAGUUAAAGGACUUGACCACCUCGGACAGCUUCAAGGAGUACGACCCUGAGAGGAAAGGGGUCAUCUCUAAGAAAGAUUUCCAAAAGUCCAUGGAGAACCAGAAACAGUAUUCUCAGUCUGAGAUUGAGUUUCUUCUCUCCUGCGCUGAGGCUGACGAGAACGACAUGUUCAACUACGAGCAGUUUGUGGAGAGAUUUCAUGUGCCCGCCAAGGACAUCGGCUUUAAUGUAGCUGUGCUGCUGACUAAUCUCUCUGAGCACAUGCCUCAUGAUGCUCGCCUCUCAACAUUCCUCGACCUGGCUGAGAGUGUUCUCAGCUACUUUGAGCCUUACCUGGGUCGUAUUGAAAUCAUGGGCGGAGCCAAGCGCAUCGAGAGAGUCUACUUUGAGAUCAGUGAGUCGAGUCGCACCCAGUGGGAAAAGCCUCAGGUGAAAGAGUCAAAGCGGCAGUUCAUCUUCGAUGUCGUCAACGAAGGGGGUGAGAGUGAGAAGAUGGAACUGUUUGUCAACUUCUGCGAGGACACAAUCUUUGAGAUGCAGUUAGCUUCUCAAAUUUCAGAGCCGGACCCAGUGGAGCGUCCAGAGGAAGACGAGGAAGACAAGCAGAUUGUGGUGGAAAACCAAGAAGAGGAAGAGGAGGAGAUUGUGAUGUUGGAGUCCUCCUCUGCUUUUACAGUUGCCUGCAUCUCCUUGAAAAAAAGCCUCUGUCACUUCCGCCAGCUGCUCACUCUCAAGAGCAUGAGGCGGCAGUACAGAAAAUUCAGGAAGAUGAGCCUUAAGGAGAUGGUGCGAGGCUUCUUCUUUUUCUUCUGGAUGAUCAUCACGGGCCUCUUCCACUUUGUCUACAGCCUGGUUUGGGGUUUCUUCCAUAUCUUGUGGACCACUAUGUUUGGGGGUGGCCUCGUCGAAGGGGCCAAGAACAUGAAGGUUACGGACAUUUUGGGAAACAUGCCAGACCCCACCCAGUUCGGGAUCCACGGAGACGUGUUGGAGAUGGAAAAGAUGGAGGCGAGUGAAGCGUCUGCGUUGGCGGAGAUGGGUCAGAUGGCGCAGGGAGAUGCAGGAGAGGCAGACCUGAUGGCUGAGCUGCUGAACAUACAGCCCAAGAAGGAGGGAAAGCACGGGGCAGAGCCAGGUUUGGGGGAUGUGUCUGAGGUGGUGGUGGGGGAUGCUCCGUCCAUUGCUAGCGCCGUCAGGCAGAAGAAGGCGCAGUUGGCUGCAAAGAAGACUACUGUAAAUGGAGACCACAAAUCGGAUUCAGAGAAAGGAGAUUCAGAUGAUGGCGAGAAGAAAGACCACGACAAGGCUAAAGACGAAGGCCCUCCUGAGCCUUUAGUGGUGAAAAAAGCCUCGAAGAAGAGGAUCGGCCAGAAGAAAGAACUACCGGAGGUCUUCAUGGCCAGCUUCUUCGCUGGCUUGGAGGUCUACCAAACCAAGAUGCUAAAUUACCUGGCCAGAAACUUCUACAACCUCCGCUUCCUGGCGCUUUUUGUCGCCUUUGCUAUCAACUUCAUUCUGCUCUUCUACAAAGUGACCGGUGAUUACUCGGACGAUGAAGACCCCUGGAAUGGUCAAGGCAGAGCUGGGGAGGAGGAAGAUGAUGGUGCACUUGAGUAUUUUGUCUUGCAGGAGAGCACAGGUUACAUGGCGCCAACGCUUCGCUGUCUGGCUGUACUACACACUAUCAUAUCCUUCCUGUGUGUAGUGGGGUACUACUACCUGAAGGUGCCCCUGGUAGUGUUUAAACGUGAGAAGGAGAUAGCGAGAAAGUUGGAGUUUGCCGGCCUUUACAUCACAGAGCAGCCGUCAGAUGACGACAUCAAAGGACAAUGGGACAGACUGGUUAUCAAUACUCCUUCCUUCCCCAACAACUACUGGGAUAAAUUUGUCAAACGCAAAGUAAUUAAAAAGUAUGGCGACCUUUAUGGAGCUGAGAGGAUAGCAGAGCUGCUGGGGAUGGAUAAGAGCGCCCUGGAUUUCAACCCUACAGAGGAAACGGUUGCCAAGGAGGCUUCACUGGUGUCAUGGUUGAGCUCAAUCGACACUAAGUACCACGUGUGGAAAAUGGGGGUGGUGUUUACAGAUAAUUCCUUCCUGUACCUCGUAUGGUACACCACCAUGUCCAUCCUCGGCCAUUACAACAACUUCUUCUUCGCUGCUCAUCUGCUGGACAUCGCCAUGGGCUUCAAGACCCUGCGCACCAUCCUCUCCUCUGUCACACAUAAUGGCAAACAGCUGGUGUUGACAGUGGGCCUGCUGGCAGUCGUGGUCUAUCUCUACACUGUGGUGGCCUUCAACUUCUUCAGGAAGUUCUACAACAAGAGCGAGGAUGAGGAUGAACCGGACAUGAAGUGUGAUGACAUGAUGACUUGUUACCUGUUCCACAUGUACGUCGGGGUGAGAGCAGGAGGGGGCAUUGGGGAUGAGAUCGAGGACCCAGCUGGUGACCCCUAUGAGCUCUACCGCAUCCUAUUUGACAUCACCUUCUUCUUCUUUGUCAUCGUCAUCCUCCUGGCCAUCAUCCAGGGUUUGAUCAUUGAUGCCUUUGGAGAGCUGAGAGACCAGCAGGAACAAGUCAAAGAGGACAUGGAGACCAAAUGCUUCAUCUGUGGGAUCGGUAAUGACUACUUUGACACAACGCCUCACGGCUUUGAGACUCACACCUUACAAGAGCACAACUUGGCCAACUACCUGUUUUUCCUGAUGUACCUUAUCAACAAGGACGAGACGGAGCACACGGGCCAGGAGUCCUAUGUGUGGAAGAUGUACCAGGAGCGCUGCUGGGAUUUCUUCCCCAGCGGGAGAUUGCUUCCGCAAAACAGUACGAAGACCUGCUUGGAUAGAGCGAUGCCUCCUCUUCACCUCUGUUCUUAUCCAGCGGGCUGCUGGAACAUGUGGUUCCACACACAGCUGCUGGACUACAACACCACACAGUCAUCCCUCCAAUGCUUCAGGCUGGCCGGAGGAGAGACAAACUACUUUUUAAUCUAAAAAGAGAAACGUCUCCGACCCGUGUCAGUGCCAGUCUAAGAGGAUACGAUAUGUAACUUUCCCAGACAUUUAGUUUUUUUGUUGUUUUGGGACUCGUCUUUGACAGCGUGUUGCCUUUUUCUCCACAUAACCCCAAGUCAUUGCACAAUUAUUUAUUUUUGUCUUUUGAGGAACACUGGGUUGUGUGGGGUUAUGGGACAAUGUGUCAGUCAUAUUAUGCACAAGAACCCAACUUCAAUAUUUUGAGAAUGUUGAACUUGAGACUUAAUGCCAAAAGAAAAGUGAGGAGUUCAGUAGAUUUACAUUGUGCGCAAAAAAUGUGACGUGAGAAGUUUUUUUUUCAGAUGUUGUAACCUUGCAUAUUGAGAUACGGUUUAGAAUGAAGUGGCAAAAGGUUUAUAAUGUAGGAUUAAAAAAAUGCCUAAUUUUUUCAUGAAGUGCCUUACAGUACUGUAUCUACAUUACAAUGAAGCUAUGCAAAACCUUUGUUUCUUCUUUAUUGUAUGUAAGUACAGUAAUUCUUCUGGAGCAGUAACACGUAGCUGUCCUGAUACGUAGUUUUGUGGCUGAACUUUCUCAUUUUUCAAAAAAGCAUUUGAUUUGACAGAUUAUUGUUUUUGCUGAAUGCAGCCUAACUGCAAGUGUUCAAGGUACAAAGUGUAAAAAUAAAUCAUCAGAAUUUACUGAUCGCUUUCAAACAGAACAAAAAUGUAAUUGCUAUUGUAUGGCCAUUUAUAUGUAGUAGCUUU